AUGUCUUCAAAAAAAGACGCCGAUAGCUUCAUGGGUGAUAAAGCUACUGAACAUUUUAAUUACAAGACAGAACUUGAAAAAAUUAUUGUUCAAAUCGCAUUAAAGCUGAGGAGUGUCUCAUUAGCUUUGAGUCUACGGCUACAUACAUCGGACUCGCAUUCAACACACUCGUUCCCUGCACAAUUGGCUCGAUCAACGCCAUCCCGUAGCAUUAUACACCCUCAACAGGAGACUUUGCCAGCUGAUAUGGAUCUCGCUACGGGAAAGAAUGACAGGAUUGGAAAUGGCAUGGGUGCUCCAGGGACACUUGUUAAUUUGAUUCCAGUUGCCUCAAAUGAGACCUGCAUACAUCUUCAGCAAAUUCUUGUCACGGAAACUUAA